AUGGCAGCUUUUUCACCCCAACACUACCGUCCCUUUCUAGUUGACUCCCCAUGCUUCUCAAUCAAUCCUCCCCUAAAGAAACUCUCUUCUUUCGGGGACCAACAACCCCUUAUAAACACUACUUCUACCCUUCCUCCUUCUCAUUAUUUCCACAAUACUCUUCACCAGGAAACGUCUCAUAGUGUCACUAAUCAAGAAACUAGCUGUGUCGAUCAAAGCUCCAAGGCUACCAUCAGUGACACUGAGCCUUCUGUGGUAAAAAACUACAGUCCUGAGACAUCCAUGGUUGUGGACAAGCUUGAAAAAGGUGAACAGGUCACUCAGAAAGUGACCCCUACGCAGAAGAAGAGAAGGGCAAGAAACGGAUCUUCCUUGAGCAGCCCCUUAUCAAAGGACUCAGCAGAAGGGGUAAACAAGAAACAAAAUCAUAGGAAUGGUGGGGUGAAAGGAGAAAACAAGCCAAAAGAAGUGCAGAAUGAUCAGAAAAAUGGUCCAGAAGAUCCUCCAACGGGGUAUAUCCACGUUAGAGCAAGAAGGGGUCAAGCAACGGAUAGCCACAGCCUUGCUGAAAGGGUACAAUGCAUCACUCUCAACAACUAUAUUUGA